GUUUUAUUUACGUCAUUUUUGACAUUUUCGUGGUUUCAUAACACCUUUUCGAUAUCAUUAUUCUUCUUUUUUAACGAAUAACCCUAUAAUAGCAUCAAGUAGACAAAUAGUCACGCUCAUUACGAGACACGAUUACAAUGGCUGCGUUGAUUAAAUUGCGUCAUAUGCCUGUUGUGCAGAGAUGUCUUUGGAAUCACUUAAACAAGGUUAGCCGAAAUAUUUCUACUUCCAAGAAGAAUAGCGAUGAUGUGAAAGAUGUAUGCGACGUACCAGUGAAGAACUGGGUGAGCUAUGGAUUUCACUAUAAGGAUCAAACUGAAGACACAAACGUUCAUAAUGCAUCGUUUUUCUUCUCUGUAACUUUGUGCCUGGUGUUCGGUACGUUCAUGUGGGCCUACGCUCCGGACGUACACAUGAGAGAUUGGGCACAGCGAGAAGCCUACUUAGAGUUGCGCCGCCGCGAGAAGCUUGGUCAGCCAGUCAUUAGCCCUCACUACAUCGAACCAGAAAAAAUUAAACUACCCAGUGAAGAAGAUCUAUGUGGAGUUGAAAUCAUAAUUUAAACUUUUUGUUCUACUGUUAAAUAAAUGUAGUCAAUGUUCUGUGAAAUUUCAAAUUCUGUGAGCAAAGGUAAUUAUGCUUAGAUUUCAUUUAACUAGAAUGGGAGACACCUUGUACUGUACCAUUGAAAUUGAAUUUUUAAUACUUGAAAUCUGAACACCAAAUAGUAUCUUUAGUCUUCAAAUAUGUUAGUAAAUUCAGUUGAAAAAAUGUUUUUUCAUUUCUAUACCUGCUAAAAGAUAUACUUCACUGUAUGAAUUUGGUACAAUCCUUUAUUUAUGUGUAUAAUUAAGUACCUACUUGUUACAAAUAAACGGUAAAUGAUUGAUAAA